AUGAGGCCUCUUCAAUGGUACUAUCACGCUUAUCUAGAGUCUGUCAAUCUGGGUAGUCAUUAUUUGACGGAACUGGGCGGCGAAAGCCCAAAAACGGGACCACUAACAGUGCCAACGGGUUACGGCGGUGGCACUUCUCAGCAGUCAUUGGCUGGAUUCUCUCGUCCUGAUUGUGCCACAAAUUCCUUUAACCUGGCGGCGUUUAGAUCACCCGGUUUGUUAGGAACGCAUGGAUUUAAUUUUGGUAACAACUUCGGCUUUCGCGACCCAUCCGCGUACGAUCCAACAAAUGUGCAUCCGGCACCAAUCCAGCAGCAUUUACCUCAGCCAAAUGGAAAUAAUCUGCUAAAUCUAGCACAUGGAUUCCGUGGUAGCAAUGAUACGAGCCCUGUGAAUUUGUACCUUGGAAACUCCAGUCCGUCCAGGGAUACAAAUUUGGAGUCAUACUGUUACCAAAAGAAAGGAUACCCUGACAACCACGAAAAUUUAAAUUUUAUCGAGCACAACAAAGACGACGAGGUUGAUAUACUUAGCCGCGAGAACAGUCCAAACGGCAGGAUAAAUUACAAUUCGGAUAGUUCAGAUAUUCGGGAAAAACGUCAGGAUACCUCCAGUCCCGUGGACAGUUCGCGAUCGUAUUCUAGUCAAACAAAAGACGAUCUCGCCGGUUACCAUAGUCCCCACAACGAAAGUGUGGGAUCACGAAGUCCGGAGAACCUGUCGCACGUCGGUGUCAACAAUCCUGCCCUAACACCCGUCAGUGGGAGUUAUACACCGAACAAUCUCAACUGUUCCACAAUUGGCAACAACAAUAACCUAAUCAACAACAACCACCUGAAGGGCAAGUCGCACACAAUUUCCGACAUGUUGGAUCACAAACUGCAGCUGAGUUUCCUGGGACCGCCCCUAGCAGCGCUUCAUUCAAUGACGGAGAUGAAGGCGCAGGGUGGCAGUCCAAUGCAGACAACGCCACCACAAACCCACCCUCAUCAAACGGGUAUCGUUGGAGGCGGAUGCGGCGGCGGUGGCGGUGGAGCUCCAAAUCCACACGGGAUCGAUACAAUACUGUCCCGGCCACCGCCGGUAACCAGUGCCCAGUUGAAUGCCUUAGGAGGUGGAAUGCCUCGCUUCACGGCAGCCGUCGCUGCCGCAGCCAACAUGGCCCAGUAUCUCUCCCAAAGCCACGGAGCGCCACUGAAAGCGCACUCGGGACCACUGGUGGACCGGACACAUCUCUACUGGCCCGGGCUACAGGGGCUGGUCACGAAUCCAAUUGCCUGGCGAGAACGGCUCGGUUCAAUGUCGGCCAGUCUAUCACAAUCGCAUCACAACCAGGACAAGGAUGGUAAAAAGAAACAUACCCGACCGACCUUCAGCGGGCAGCAGAUCUUCGCACUGGAGAAAACCUUCGAGCAGACCAAGUAUCUGGCAGGACCGGAAAGGGCGAAACUGGCGUACGCGUUGGGGAUGACCGAAUCUCAAGUGAAGGUGUGGUUCCAGAACCGGAGAACCAAGUGGCGCAAGAAGCAUGCGGCUGAAAUGGCCACCGCCAAGCGGAAACAAGAAGAACUGGGCGAUGGCGACGGUGACUGCAGCGAACCGAUGGAUUCGGACUCGGAAAGUCUGGACCUGGUGGACACGGGAAACAGUAGUCGGAAGCGCUGCCGGAUGGAGGAUGACAUGAGGCAUUAGUAGUAGGAUAGGACUGUCUGCUAAGCAAAUUGUUGAGUUUUAUUUAUUGUACUCUGCGAUCAGAAGUUUGUAUUUUUUCUCUCUUUCAUGCCUCGUUUUGAAACAUGCUUUCAGUUUACGGGGCGCAUUUUUGUAACCCAAUCAUCUUUUCGAACCAUAAUCAUUUUCCAAAACCGGUGAGAGGUUGAAAUAUAAACUGUUGAUCUUCAUUCUGCGUUGUAUAGAACUAUCAGAGUUUCCUUAAAUCUGACAAACCUAAUAAUAAAAGUGUAUUUUAAAAGAAUCUAAAAAUUCACAGUUGAAAAUAAAGAAGAAAAACGAAUUUACUAUACAUUAAUUUAACUAAUGCUGAUUUUAGAGACUAUGUCGUAGGGAAUAGAGUGCUUAAACCGAGUCAAAUAGCGCGCGAAAAUAAACGGAAUGGGUGAGAUUUAAAAUUGUGAUCCAUAGAAUUAUUAUUGUAUUUAGCGUGUAACGAUUUUUCGGAGGUGAGAACGUAAAAUUUCUGCUUUGACGACGGCAGUAAGAUUAUUUUUCAAUAGAUGCUAAAAGUCAGUGCAUUCCAGUUUUAGUUCAUAAACGGUUUAUUUAUUAAAAGAUUCCUAACGGAUAGCAAGAAAUGAACGAAGUAAGAGAAGUUCGGUGUAAAAAUGAUUUCUUGUAAUAUUGAAGCGAUGAUAUGAGGCACAAUAAGCGAUGUAAAAAGUUUGAAUUCUCAGUAUUUAAAUAAAUUUCCUUACGUCAUAGAGAUUAAUAUCCAAUUAUUAGUACUUCAUAAUAAAACAGAAUAAAUCAAAAAACUAAC